AUGUUCAAAAACAUUGCACCAUGUUCAACAACAUUGGAGCAUGAUCAAGAACAUUGGCACAUGAUCAACAGCUUGAAGCAUCUUCAGCCACUUGAUGCAUCAUGCCUAUGUGGCUCAUUAAGUCCACAUAAAACAUGGUUUCCAAAGAAAGAUGGCCAGACUUCUAAAGCAAAGUCUUCUCAUAAGGCUUCAAACACUCAUGCCACUAGACCUUCAACUAAGAGACACUCAUCAUCACCUAAAGUUGAAAUAGCUACAUCCAACUAUAUUGUACUUCUCAACACUCAGGAACAACCCAAAGAAGUCGGUGUCAUAGUUAAAUAUCUGCAUAAAUGCCCAUUAACAUAUGCACUUCUUUCUACUUCUCCAACUCCACAAUCUCUUAUCACAGAAGUCUUUCAGUCAACAAUCAUCUCCACAAGAGCAAGGUCUAAACAACUUGAUGUUGAAUUUAAUCUUUUUCAAGCUACUUUGGUCCUAACUAAAGAAGAGUUUGCAGUCAAUUUAGGUCUAAGCGAUAUUCCUCCUAAACCUCAGACAUUUGUCACACCAACUUCUGCUCAAUUGUUGACAAUGUUCAAGGAAAUGGGGUAUAAAUUUGAAGACGAACAAGAACCAUGCCUGUCAAGAAUUCAGAAGUUUUGUAUUCCCACACCAUGGCACUUUCUCAGUUCUGUCCUUACUAGGUGUCUCUUCGGAUCAGUUGGUGGACGCAGUCGCGGUAAAACAAACCUUUGGAUUCUUAUGUAUGGGCUCUUCUACGACAUCAAUAUUUACUACGUAUCUAUUCUCUGGGAAGAAAUUCCAAGCCAUCAUGUCUCCUUGGAUUAUGACUCACUUGAGGACAAUAACCAAGAUGAUGAUAAACAAUCCAAACCGGAAACUAUUCCUCAAGGUUAUCCUGUACAUGAUAAUCUCGAUAAGGAUACUCCAAUGCGGACGGUAGAUAUUCCUUCCAGUGAAGUACUGAUAGUCGAUGAUGAGACAAAUGACAUGCCCAUUGUCCUUUACUCCAACGCAUCUACCAGAACUUUCAGCAUUGAUCUUGAUGACUAUUCUCCUUCAACUCCAAAAGAGUCUCAAGAAAAAGAUGACGUUAACGAACCAAAUCUCUCAUCCUUUCAAUAA